AUGAUGCGGCGACUGAGGGACGGAUUCCGGGUGGUGGCCAAUGCGGUGAUGGUGGGUUACGAUUAUGAGCAGCCAAAGUGCGAUGCCACGCAAGUGCUAGUUGACGUGCCCGCCGUGGAGGUGCGUGGGAUGAUGGAGGAGGACUCGUCGGCCAUCGAGUUGCCACCGGGCUACUGCUUUGACAUGACGCCAACCGAUGAGCUGGUGGCGCGGACUUGUCGGCUACGCGACCAGUACUGCGGCAGGGACGGUUACACGUGCGUCAACAAGUGCUGCAAGUGCGACCAGAUGUAUGUCAUCGACGACGAGUAA